AUGGUUGUUGUUGGCUACAUCGCCGUCAGCGACGUGGCAUACCUAGACAAGUUGGUGGUUGAGAGCAGGUUACCGAACGAAGUGGUUGAUGGUGGCGGCGACGCAGCGGAGGGGGACUGGAAGCCCUUGAGGAGAAGGAAGGAGAUUGGCGGGAAGAGUCGGAGAGUGGAGGAAAAGUUCACAUUGCACGAGUACAAAAAUUUCCAAGUUUGGACGUUCAACAUGUCGCGUGAUCGAUACUUACACAUGCGACAACAAAUCUGUGGCGUGAACGAUUAUUGUGACACGCGUGGCUCAAUUCAUCCAGAGAUCAAAAUCAUGGCGGUGUGGACCGCGUGGUGCCAGAUCCAUCACUCCGGCCACACUCCGCCACGCGAUCACGACCUGCCACAGAUUUGUGAUUUUCCUGAUGGGCCAGGCUGGUUCUCUAAGACGAUUGGGUAUAGUCAUCAUAUUCAAGGUUGA